CUCUGCCGUCAUGUCGCGUAGCUCACGGCCGCCCAAGCGGCGUCACCGUCAGCUCCGAGGACGCGCUCUUACGAGCCCUGAGAAUCCUUCCGUAGCCGACCACCCCGCCUCCACUCAUCCUGAGGGCCGUGCUGGCUGUCUUCCCCCCAACAUUGAUCCAGAAGACAUUGAAGGGGAUUUCGAACCGUACUUGCUGGUCAGCCACGAGAAAGUCUUACGGAGUGGCGAGGAUUCAGGAAGCGGUGCACUAUCUGGUGGCAAGUUCGUCCGCCGGUACACGACUCCUUCCCCUCCAGAGCUGAACGGGCGAGAGGAAUUCGAUAAAGGCGCCCCAGGAUCUCCCGCCGCUGCAAGCAUGGCCGUCGAUGCGAGAACACAGAAGGACGGCGACUCACCUCUGAAAUCCGUCUCGUGGAGUGAAACAACGGUGGCCCAGGUCGAUGAUCGUUGCGUACAAGUCCCUCGGAGAGAAUUCAUUUCGCUCAUGUCCGGGAAAGGUCUACGCAAGUAUCAGAAGCAGAAGUUGGUGAAAUUCGACGGUAUAGAUACGACGCGUCUGCUGGAUAACUCGGAGAGCGAGAAGUACAUCCCACUUUGCGACAUUUUCAACGCUGUCGAGGAGCUUGCAAAGUCAAAAUUCCGAUGGAAAGUCGUCGCCAACCAUGGCGAGAGCGCUGAAGUUGACCACAAACCUGAUCUUGCGCGUUAUCCCAUCGACGUUCCAGCCGCUGUACUAGCGUACACUCGUGAUAUGACUAAAGACGACCCCAAUAUCGCGCGAUGUGCCUGGGCUUGGAUGAACAGCUAUGUCGAAGUGAAGAACGCAGAAGUCAAGUCGCCAUUCUUCUUCGCGCACAACAUAGACAAGGACGGCAGGCAGAAAUUCCUUCGCCACAGCGACAUCGGCAGGAAGGCACGAGGCCAGUUCAUCAAGUAUGCCACCGAAGCUAUGCUCCGUCAACAUCGUACGCACUACUACUCAUUCUACUUGUCGGAGAUGUCUGCUCGUGUCUUCCGCUGGGAUCGCGUCGGGUGCAUCGCAUCGGAGCCAAUCGACCUUAGAGAGAAUCCUGAGGACUUUCUCGACAUCCUAUACCGUUUAGCCACAUCUCCAGAUCACGGCGGAGUCGAUAACACUGUUCGACUGGCUAGUACGGGUGAAAUCGCCACGCUGAGGAAUUACGAUCCUGGCGACAACCUUGCACUGCAAGAAUAUCACGAGUCUAUGCUGGAUGACCAGUUGAGCUACCCUAUCUAUAAGGUCUCCUGUCCCGCUAUCUCCUUUGACGGAUCGGAGGCGUCGGUAUCCGAGAAGACAUAUCUUAUCGGGCGAUACGCAUUCGGCCACUAUUCCCCUGUAGGGAGGUGUACUAAAGGUUACCCGGCGCUGGAUAUGCAGACCAAUCGCCUUACAUGGUUCAAGGACCAGUGGCGUUGUGUGGUUCGACCCCACACGGAGUUGGAUGCUUAUAUUCGGCUUCAUGAACAUAAAGUCACGCAUAUCGCUACUCCAGCAGCGGGCGGAGACGUGGGACAUCGAACGAUCACGCAAGAAUAUCUGACGCAUUUAGCGGAUGAUUGGAGGCCCGCGGAACGAGUGCAUACUCGUCUUGUGACGAAGGAGGUGGGAAGGCUGCUCGAAACAUACAAGGACUCCUGGGAGCUAUUGAAUGUAUGCGCCGAGGCGUUUUACGCUCACACGCAAGCAUGGGAGCUGGCGCACAUCCUCCAUCGUGACAUAAGCAUUGGGAAUAUCAUGAUCGACGCUGAAACGGGCAAAGGGUUCUUGAACGAUUGGGACCUCUGCAAAUACCGCGAGGAUAUGGAGGCGAAGCGGCCGGCUUCUGAACCUUCUGGCAUAUCUGGGACCUGGGCCUUCAAAUCUUCCCUGGCUCUGCGAUAUCCACGCAAACCUCCAGAGCUCGCCGACGAUUUGGAAUCUUUCAUCUACGUCAUCACAUUCCUCGCAUACCGUUUUCAUCAUCACGAGCUAUCCUCGGAGCCUCUUGACGACACGGAGGACGCACAGAUCACAGCCAACGCAAGUAAUCAAGAGCUCAUGGGUUUUGUCAGCACAUUCUUUUACGCUCAGAAGCGCGUCGGCAACGGAUUCUUCACGGGUGGAAGACUAAAGUAUCAAACGAUUUUCUCUGGCGCCCCGCCCGCGGCAUUCAAGCCUAUCAAGAAUGGCAAGCGCUCUCUCGUGGAGACGUUCCUUCUCAAGGCAUAUCGGCUCCUGCAGGAACACUACUGGUCUUUGGACGAAUCGGAGCUCGCGGAGUACGCGGCACAUGAGGGCGACUGCGCUGCCCCCGACGAGGUCGACGAUGUGACAGCUUCGGAUUCUCCUCCUCGUCGUACCGAGGCACUGGCCGAGCAUCCAGGCCAAGGCUCCAUCUUCUCCAAUUUUCGGGCGCUGUUCGGUCCCCGCGCUGCUACGUCUUCGGAAGGUAAGGAGGUGCUAUGGAAGACUGUGGUCCAGGAAAAGACUGUGUGCCCGUUCGACAAUCCCCAGCCGGUGCUCAAGUCUCACACGGACCUGGGCUUGCUGUUCCUCAGCAUCGCUCAGGACGAGCACGGCCGCGAUCUUGAUCUCCAGUCCUACAGGGACGACAAGCGCUUCGACCAGUUCUUGAGCUGGCGAAUGAUCGGCUAUUUGAACAGGAAAGGGAAGACGGGGCAGUGGAAGGGAAUCCCAAGUUGGUCGAGCGAGUCCGCAGCAAAGCGGAAGCGCGAAGAGGAAGACAAUGGUGAAGAUGUAACUCUGACGCCGCCGAAGAGGCCCACUGUUCUCCGAACUGAAGGGCCACGGACUCGAGCUCUUGCGAAGGCUGCAGAGCAAGUGGUGGUCUCACAGGAGGCGGUAGCCAUGAGAACAGCGAACAGAAAACGGAGGGCGGCGGCGGCGGCGGCAACAGCUGGUCGGUCUGCCAAGACUGCGCUCCCGAAGAAGCCCAUAGGGGCACAGUCAAAAAAGUACACGGCGAAAGCGUCCACGUCGCGUACUUCUCCGAAGAUCAGCAAGCCUCAGCCGACGAAGAUCGUGACAAAGGCACCAGCUUCGCGCGGGGCGCAGGCUGCUCGCAAGUCUCUUGGCCCCCGACGGUCGGCCGUUGCGAAGGUGGAAACUACAGGGCCGAGGUCGAAGACCACGAAAGCCAAGGUGGCAGCGCCGCCUGCACCGACGAGGCGAUCUAAGCGGUUAGCCAAGAUAAACUGACAGGCUGGGCUUGACUUGUACACUAGAGCCGUUCUAUUGCGUGGCACGUACUGCCUAAUUGCACUCGCUUUCU